UAUCUCCGACUCGUUUCUAGCUUUAAGCAAGGUAUUUAACAUCUCUGCACAUUUGACAUAAUUGUAAUAAUGCUAAUUUAUCUCAUAGGUAUGAUAUUCAGCAGAACUCAAGAAACCAUCAUCAGCUAUUGAGAGAGUUCUUCAAUGGGAAAAAUGGCAAAGAUGUUUAGUUUUAUCCUUGUCACCACUACCCUGGUAAUAAACAGGGAAAGCUGGGCUCUCGAGAACUGUUUCCAGGAGCAGGCACGUCUUAGAGCCCAGGUGCGCCUGCUUGAGACCCGGGUCAAACAGCAACAAGUCAAGAUCACGCAGCUUUUGCAUGAGAAGGAAAUCCAGUUCCUGGAAAACGAAGAAGAGAGUAGUGUCAUUGACCUUGGCAGCAAGAGGCAAUAUGCAGAUUGUUCAGAGAUUUUCAAUGAUGGACAUAAACACAGUGGAUUUUACAAAAUCAUACCUCUCGAGAGCCCAGCAGAAUUCUCUGUUUAUUGUGACAUGUCUGAUGGAGGAGGAUGGACUGUAAUUCAGAGACGAUCUGAUGGCAGUGAGAACUUUAGCAGAGGCUGGGAAGACUAUGAAAAUGGCUUUGGAAAUUUUGUCCAAAAAAAUGGUGAAUAUUGGCUGGGUAAUAAAAAUCUUCACGUAUUAACCAUGCAAGGAGAUUACACUUUAAAAAUAGACCUUGAAGAUUUUGAAAAAAAUAGUCGUUACGCCCAAUAUAAAAAUUUCAAAGUUGGAGAUGAAAAGGAUUCCUAUGAGUUGAAUAUCGGGGAAUAUUCUGGAACAGCUGGAGACGCGCUUGCCGUCAAUUUUCAUCCUGAGACGCAAUGGUGGGGUAGUCACCAAAGCAUGAAAUUCAGCACAUGGGACAGAGAUAAUGACAACUAUGAAGGGAACUGUGCAGAAGAAGAUCAGUCUGGCUGGUGGUUUAACAGGUGUCACUCUGCAAACCUGAAUGGUUUAUACUACCCAGGCCCCUACCGUGCUGAAACCGACAACGGGGUUGUCUGGCACACUUGGCAUGGAUGGUGGUAUUCUUUGAAAUCCGUGGUUAUGAAAAUUAGGCCAAAUGAUUUUAUUCCAAAUAUUGUUUAAUUGUCGCCUGUGGGCUUUCAUUUCUGUAAUUCAUCUUGGUUUAAAAGGAUGUGAAAAAUAGCAAUUCUGAACAUACAGAUAUACAAUGGUGAUAAUUGUGAUGUGUGCUACUUUUCAUUCUUAACUUGCUUGUAUUACUGCAGAUUCAGUACAGCAAUUAUGUGAUAUUCACCAAAUAAAUGUAUAUUAUGUUAA